AUGUCAUAUUUUAAGGACCAAGGCCUUGAGUGUAUCCCUUUUCGGCGUACAGAGCUCCCAGAGCCGGACUCUUUGACUACUGCCUCAGAUGCGACGUCGUCUAACCCACUAUACCUCUGUGGAUUUCCUCCCUUUGACCCGACCGCCUCAUUUUUGACCAUAAUUAGGUCGCAGCCUGCUACAUCUAUCACGCAACCUACUCCGACCAAUAUUAUACCACUUUCUUCGAUAGGGGUAAACCCUAUAGAGACGGCAGGACUACCGCGUCCCACAUUCUUCCCCCCCUCCGAAACGCCACCUAAUACUUUAAUAAUAAUCAUCGCGGCAUUCUCGGGUGCACUUGGACUUAUUAUAACCCUUUGCAUUGCCUUUGCAUGCUAUCGGUCAUUAAAGCGCCGUCGACAACAGAAUGCUAGAGAGGAAAGUAACAACCAGCCUAAUGUCGACGAAAACGCAGCUAGUCUGCAAGAGAGUAAGCAGAAUGAUAACAAUUCAUCUGAGGGGAAUGAUCAUGGGGUCAACCCUUUCAGACCUCCCUCAAAUCAUUCCAAUCAGAGGGCAACCGCCGGGCAACAUUCGGGAGCAUCUCUAGGAACGUCUUCGGGUUCUACAAUGCACACCGGAAGAGCAUAG